CCUCUCCGCAUUCGUCUCGGUAACAUGGCACAGCAAGUCUUCUGCCGGGCCACGGUCUCUGCCGGCUGGCUGUCGGGGGCUUUGAAGACCAGACCGCCUGGACCUGCUCUGAGGGUCCUCGACUCCUCGUGGUACGGCCCGGGGGGGAAAGACGCCCGCAAGGAGUUUGCGGAGAGACACAUCGAGGGGGCCUCGUUCUUCGACCUGGACCGGUGCUCGGACCGCAGCUCGCCCUACGAGAUGAUGCUGCCCGGCGAGGCUCAGUUCGCCAAAUACGUGAGCGGCCUGGGAAUCAACAACGAGAGCCACGUGGUGGUCUACGACUGCGACAGCUCGGGCAUGCUGUACGCCCCGCGGGUCUGGUGGAUGUUCCGACUCUUUGGCCACAACAAGGUGUCGGUCUUGGACGGAGGACUCAAGAACUGGCUGAGGCAGGGGCUGCCGGUCACGUCCCAAGCAACCGACGUGAAGCCCGAGGAGUUCCGGAGCCGCUUCAACCCAUCGCUGCUGAAGACCUUCGAAGACGUUCAGGAGAACCUCGCGAUCCGGGGGUUCCAGCUGGUGGAUGCGCGGUCAGAGGGCAGGUUCCGGGGCCCCGAACCCAAACCCGGAGAAGGGAUCGAGCCCGGACACAUCCCCGGCUCCGUCAACCUUCCCUUCUCCAGCUUCCUGACGGCGGACGGAUACGAGAAAUCUCCGGCCGAGAUACGGCAGCUGUUCCAGGAGAAGGGGAUCGACCUGACCAAGCCCCUGACCGCCACGUGCCGCCGCGGCGUCACCGCCUGCCACCUGGCACUGGCCUCCUUCCUGCUCGGCAAAGAGGACACCGCGGUCUACGACGGCUCGUGGUCUGAGUGGUUCCAUCGCGCGAAACCCGAGCACAAGGCGUUUGAGACGAGCAGAAGCAAAGCGUAAAAAAACGAACCCCGCUGGGGAGACGGAACGGCACGGCUGCCACGGACGGGCCGAACGCGGACGCCUGCGGGACCCCACACGCCAAACACGGAGCAGCGCUCUGAACGCUCUUACAUCAUUGUAAAUAUUACGUCAUGCGCGGCCCCGGGGCGGAAACACUUCGUAAAGCGAAGGUGGAGAUUAUUAUUUUGUGAUAAAAAAAAGAGUAAAUUUGGUAAAGAAA